AUGCCACGCCUUGAUGAGACAGCGCCUCUGCAGCGUCCUCGGCGUAAAAACGCGGCUGCCACGGUGCCCGAGUGCGACGGCGACGCGCUGGAAGACGUCUUCCAAAAGGCCCAGCCAGUGGUGCUCAAGCGCUUCGCCUCCGAGUGGCCGCUCGCUGGCCAGUCUCUGGCGGCGGUGGUGUGCCCAGGAGAGGGCGAGGAGGAUGCGGUCGUGGAGGUGCAGGCCGCGUGCCCGGGCGACUGCCACUUCCGGGGCUACGCUGGCGUCCUCGAGCGCGCCCCGCUCUCGUCAUUGCCCGCGCUCGCCGCACGCGCUUCCGGGUCGCUGUACCUGGUGCAAUGCCCCAUCUGGGCGCGGGGGAACCCCGCGGCUUGCCCCUUGAAGCACUUGCUGCCGCGCGUUCGCUCGAGCUACUUCUCCCUCUCCGCAGGCAGGCGGGGAGGAGGCUCCCGUCGGCUGGAGUCGGUGAACCUGUGGGUCUCGGUGGGGACGACGCACUCGAACCUGCACUACGACUCCGAACAUGGUCUCCUGGUCGUUCUGCGCGGCACGAAGCGCGUCGAGCUCUUCGAGCCCCAGUGGGCGCCCUCCCUGGGCGCGUUCCCGGUCAGCGACCCGCUGCGGGCGCACCACGCCACGGCAGCACAGGGAUGCCUCGCGGCGCGGCUGGGCUGCGCGCAGCAGGGCGCCUGCGGCCUCCCUGGCUCGAGCCCGUGCCCGAGCCCGCGGGUGCACGCGGCGCUGGGCCACCAGGCGGUCCUCUCUGUGGGCGACGCUCUGUUCAUCCCGGAGGGGUGGUGGCACCACGUCCACAGCACUGGCACGCGGGACCCCUCGGCGGGCGGCCGGCCCGUGGCGCUCGCCGCGAACUUCUGGUGGCGGGGGCACGAGCGGGAGCCCGAGAGCGCGCAGCCGUACGUCCUGCGCCGCAUCCUGAGCGAGAUGCUGAUGAGGCGCACGGGCGCUCCCAGCUCGGAGGACCCGGUCUCGUGCCUGGAGCUGCCCGACAUCAUCUCUGAGGUCGUGGCCGCCGCGCGCUCCUCGAGCCCGCCGCUCCACGCCGCCUGGCGCCGCCCGCUGCGGGCCCACGGGCGUCGCCUGCCGCAGGCGAUGGCCGCCGCGCUGGGCGGGGCUGGGGAGGCGCCCGCGGCGCUCCGCGCGGUGCUCGACGGCCUGGAUGCGCUCCAGGCGUCGCUGCUGCUCUCCGCCCUCGAGGGCGCCGCGGCCGCCGCGGCCCUGCGGCGCGUGUGGCGGCUGUACCCCCAGGACUCGGGGGGGGGGCGGGGCGGGCUCUGCUCCUCGAGGAUCGGCUCGGCCUGGAUGGGAGAGGAGAAGGUCGAGGGAGAGGACGUCUCUGGGGAUAGGGAGGCCUCCUCGAGGAACGCCUGCAUGCCCGCCGCGCUGCCGCAGCCCGCCGCCGCAGCGGCCACGCUGCCUCCGCGCACGGCGCGGCGGCAGCUCGUCAGCCCACUCGUCGUCGACGACGUCGACGACCAUGGGGAGCUGCACGAGCUCGAGGCCAGCAGCGGCGGCGGCACCGUCAGCAGCGCCUCCACGCCCAGCGUCGGCCGCGUUGGCCGCCCCGCGCUGGCGGCGGCGUCGGCGGCGCUCGACCUUCGCGGCGGAGCUGCGCGGGGGCGCAUCCGCAUCCUCGGCGCGCGCAGCACCAGCGGCGGGCGGCGGCGCGGGUGGCGCGGUCCGCGCACGGAGCGCGACCGCCGCCACAGCGCCAGCCACCGCCGCCACAGUGCGGCGCGGCGCCUUCGCCUCCACAGCGGCGCGGACGGCGGCCGCCAGCAGGGCGACGCCGUCCACCGCAGCCGAGGGGUGGGAGCCACGAAACACGCCAUGGAGCUGUCCCAGGCAGCCCUGUACAAGGCGGUCAGGAAGAACCAGCACGCGGCUGGUAAGACUCCCGCUCCCGACGAUGAAGACUUGUUCUUCGAGGCUGUGGUGGUAUCCAAGAACAAUGCAGAGAAUAUUUUCACGGACGGCUGGUGCACCGAUUGCCAGGCCUGCUUCUGUUGCCCCGCCGGCUCCAAGUUCGGGUGGGGUCAUCCAAUUGCUGCUCGACAGGACUGGCAUUGCCGUCGCAAUUUGUUGUUGCUGGAAAUGAAACCCGCGAUGUUGGAGAAGAAUUGGUACCCGCUGGGACACAUAUUCGCCGCGAAGAUCGACAUCUCUGGCCUGGAAUUCCCAACCAGCGGCGACUUCGACAAAUGA